CUGUCUGACACCACUCCAGUCCAGAUGAGAGGAUGAGAGACUAGCUAGCGAAGCUAAGCUUACAGGCAGAUUGCACACAUCAACAUACAGGCCCGGUUGACCCAGUUCACGCCUGGCUCUACCACCCUGUCCUAGCCUAGCGAGUGACCAUGGUUAUUUGCAAAUUUUUUUUGCAAGGGUACUGUAAAUUUGGGGAUAAGUGCUGGAAUGAACAUACUCGAAACGCAGACCACCACAGUUACAAUAGGAAUGUGCCAUUCAGCAACAGGGGAGGCAAGGGUGGUUUCGGGGGAGGAGGAAGCAGUGUAUAUGGUGGAGGGGGAUAUGGUGGUGGAAGCUCAAAUUAUGGAGGUGGGGGUUACAGUGGAGGAGGAUACAGCAGAGGAGGAUAUAGCGGAGGAUACAGCGGAAGCAGUAAUUUUAGAGGGGGUUACAAAGGCGAAUUUAAUUCCUCUACAUCACAAAGUUUUGGCCAGAAAAGCUCAUUUGGGUCCUCAAAUCGCUAUUCUGUGCUAGACCAACAGGGAACUGGAGAAGAAAUGUUGACUCCAACUGAAAUGUUAGAUUUUAUUAAGAAAGAUGUUGAAGAAUGGGUUCAGGGGAAUAUGUGGCCUUUUUCUUGCUAUAAAGCAACCAAAGCUCAUGCAAAUUUUCCAGGUUUUGAAGACACAUCAUUUGAGGAGUUCAGGCAUGAAGCUUACCUAGCAGUAAAAAACAACACUUAUGAACAAUAUAAAAAAGUAUUUGCUGACUUAGGAAAUACAGUGGCUCAGAAAAGAAAUGAAUUAAUGCAACCCUCACAAGAUACAAAAGCAGGUCUGAUUGAAAUUUGUACGGUAAUCUACGCUCCUAGUCCUAUAUCUUCGUCGUCAUUCAGUUCAUCAAGUGGAACGUCUAGUUUUGGAUCUAGUGGAGGUACAUCUAGCACAUUUGGCUCUAGUGCUACCAAUCUAUUGACUGGAGGACUCCACCAAAAAGGUCCUACUUGGAAGCCCUAUAUAAUUUUUGUUCAGCCUUAUUUUGGUGCCUUCUCAGUUCGGCGCCUCUGA